CGGGGCCUAUAUGUUAGAAUAAAAAGAAUAAACUAAAAAUACUCGCGCUUACUUUUGAAGACAGUUAUAGGAGAUAAUCGAAAUAGAGACAUGUUUACGUCAAGGACGUCGAGUGUCCUCGCGGUCGAUCGAGGAGCAGUGUGAUAUCGUCGCGCGUUUAUCGAGUGCCCUCUUGGACAAUACGAGUUGUACAUUUAAUCGGAAGUAAAACAGUGUGCCACGGAUCGUCGUAAAAUACUGUCUUUGAGCAAUCACAAUUCGAGAGGACCAAAUCGAGCGAAUUAGAAAAGCGAGAAAAACUGGAUCUCUGGAGUAUCAAUAUCUGGGCUCGGCUGCUGGGACAGGUCGCGAUGAUGCAGGAGCACAAGUCCUUUCUCAUUCGUGACCUGCUCGGCGAUGUGCUCGAUCAUCGGCCGCUUCAAGGGCCGACGGACGACUCCGAGGAGGACUCGGCGAUGCACUCCGACUCGGAGGACACGAUAGACCCGGGCAGCAGUCCGUCGCCGGGCUCGUCGGCCGCCACACCCGACAACAACGCCAAGGCCGGCGGCGGCAGCUGCAACUCGUCCUCCCUCGGCUUGGCGGGCAGCAGCGGGGGCGGCAGCAGCAACAACGGCGGGGCCGGUCGCAAGCCCCGCAGACGUCGCACGGCCUUCACCCACGCGCAGCUGGCCUACCUCGAGCGCAAGUUCCGAUGCCAGAAGUACCUGAGCGUGGCCGAUCGCAGCGACGUCGCCGACGCCCUGUCGCUCUCCGAGACCCAAGUGAAGACCUGGUAUCAGAAUCGAAGAACCAAGUGGAAGCGUCAGAAUCAACUGCGACUGGAGCAACUGCGACACCAGGCGAGCGUCGAGAAGGAGCUGUUGGUGCGGGGCGUGGGCCUGCAUCAUCAUCCGCAUCAGCUGCAUCCGCAUCCGCAUCCGGCGAGCAUCGAGGCCUACUGCGCCGCCGGCAACAAUCCCUACUCGGCGGCGAGUCAGGCGGCGGUGGCGGCCGCGGCGGCUGCCGGACAGCAGCAGUCCGUCACGUCGGUGCCGGCGCCGACAAGCGCCUCGACGGCCGCCUUCCUCUCGACGGCUGCGGCUCUCUUUCGCAACGUCACUUACGUGCAUGGCUGCCCGCUCUAACCCUUCGCCACGGACGGCCCGGGCGCGGAGCCGAUCGUCAUGCAGCCGUGACACUUUACCAAUUACUGAUAUAAUUGUAGCGCACAAUAACGAGGACAAAACCAAAGAGAUAAUAAUUGACACCUCUGUACAUAUGUAAUUAUUGCAACCAAAAAUCAUUGUUAUAUAUUAUGCAUACAGUAUUAAAAUUAAUCAUUGUACCAUCACGAUUGAUGAAUUAAUUGAUCGUCCAUAUACAAAUAUGAAAAAAAAAAAAAAAACAUUUAUCCUGCGGACUAUAUGGGCUGCAACCGAGUGCAAU